GCACUUGACGCAAGCCGAAGCAUCCCCUUUGGCAUACAAUCCAAAACCAGAAAAAAAAAAAAAUGGUGUCGGCGCACGCACAGAAUCCGAGUCGUGCUGAUAUCACCAUCACCAGCCCUCAAUGCAACUUGAUCCGCAUGCAUCCACCCCUCCUCUCCAACUCCAACUACGCAGUCACUCAUUCCCUUUCUCUCCCGAUUCCCUUCGCCGUCUCAAUGAUGGGUCUGGGGAUGGAACGCCAGAGUAAUGAAGGCCCCGAAGGAGGAGGAGAAAGGAAGUUUGGUAAGAGGAAGCGAGAGGAAGAGCAGACUGAAGAAGUCCCGCAAGGGGAAAAAUUUCUAGGUGAAGAGGUUCUGCAGGAUCCAUUGGAGGUGUUCGGAAGGGACAUCAUGAUGAUGAUUCUGAGCAACCUCGACGCACGCAGCGUGGCACUAUCACUCCUCGUUUCCCGUGCUUGGCAUGGCGUUGCUUCAAGCGAUAGGCUUUGGAGUUCCAAGUGUGAGGAACUGUGGCAUGGGAAAGCACACAUACCUCGUGCAUCACAAGCCCGGGGACUUUCUAAACUGGCCGCUUAUUCUAUAUCUGUCAUGGAUGGCAGACGUACCCGUAUCUUGAGGGAUGAUCUUUGCGACCAUGCUUGGGAAUUUCAUUUUACCAAGGUAUGUGCCUCACAAUUAUAAUCCAGUUAGAGGCAGAGAGUGUUUUAUCCUGUGAACUAGGUCUACUAUGAACAUCAUGCUUGAUUCUUAGUAUGUGUAGUGCAGCUGUGAUUCAACGGCUUGAAGAUUGCAAGUGCCUUGAAAUGAAUCAGUAGUAGAAAGGUUUGAAUUUUUGAAUUGGUGAAAAGAGUUUCCUUUUUGCUUUCUUUAAAUCAGCUACUCUAACAAAAUGCAGUCGUUGUUGAAGAUUAACUUUAUUUCCUCAAUGCCGUCAUCAGUUUUGUAAAUCCUUCUCCAAAUAAUUCUCUCUCACUCUGUUAAUAUGAUUCUCAGAAUAAUAAUUAACCACCAGUAGUCUAGUCUUGAUCUCAUGAUACACAAACCAAAUUAUAGUCCUUUCCCUUAAGCUAAAUUUGAACAUCUGACCAGUUUUAUCUUGCUUGCAGGCAGCUCCAGAAUACUGGCGAAAUCUUGAUCCCUAUUGGAAGGGAACUGGCCCAAGCAUGCGCCGCUACUUCCAUCCAGAUGGGAGCCAAACUGCAGAUCCUGGUGACCAGGUUUGGGGCGGCCACGAGUGCUGUUAUUGUAUAGUCACAAGCUUUUUUGUGGGUGAAGGAAGGAUCAGGGAGCAUUAUGUUAGGAUAAACAGAUGGCCCCGAUUGCUCAUAUCCAGGAAGGAGGACUGGAGCUGGGAAAUGUCCAACUGCAUCUUCCACUACAACAGCAUUCCUGAUGCUGACAAGGAAGGUGGAACAGGACCACUGUCACUGUUGCUCUGAACGUAUCUCCAAUUGCAGUUCCCAAAUAUUUAAUACUAAGCGAGCGUUGGCCAAAAAAACAAAAAACAAAAAAAACCACUAAAAUAAUGUACUUAUAUAAAGCAGUGCCUAGUUAUGCUCUGGGCAUGCAGUAAGCAUCCAGUACUCUGUAUGCUGGGUUUUGGUACAUACUCUGUAUGCUGGGUUUUGCAUAAAAUGAAGUUGCCUAGUUGUACUUUACAUAAAUCGGUGACUAAUUU